CUUAUUCGGCAUCCAACAAACGAACGAACGGUUUAUUAUCUGUCUGUGCCUCUCUCUGUUCAUUUCUUAAAGCGCUGGAUGCAUCGACGAAGUCUGGAAGGCAGUGAACACUCCAGUGAGAGGCGAGAGGAUGGGUGAGUUGUCGGAACAAAGGUCACGUGAAUAUAACGUGCAGGGCACGUGGCUAGGUGACUAUUCCAACACUUGUGCACUAGCCCCCGCCACAUAAAUUACCAUCCAACCCCCCCCCUACACAACCACCAUCUAUAUCACAUUGUGAUGACUUCACUUCCAAUCUUCCACGCAGCGGAUCCUGCCAUACUCACACGUCGAAACCUUAUCCAGCCAGCCGUCCGAAGGCGCCGACAAAUAUCCAGCUCUCUGAUGCUUUCAGAAGCUUUGUCGUCGUCGUCGUCGUCGUCAGGAGAAUCAGUGGAUUCGGGAGUCAGUCUUCGCCCUCUUCGCCCUUCGUUCACAGUACCAGAGUAUAUCGAGAGCGUCGAAGCUUUGGAGUACAUUGGCUGGGGAGAUGAGAAGGCUGCCGAACUUUGGGCACGAUGGGAGAUCCUCAAGCAGACCGAAAGGAAUGAGGCUACAUUUGAGACAGACUUCCUCGAGUAUGCUUUGUCUGCUGUACCAUGUCCCAAGCUUGAAGACAGACAGGAGGAUUGGAAUGCAGAAAUGUUGAAUUGGGGAGUAAAGACUGAGCUUCGUGAAGCAAUUAUGGACGAAGCAUACACCAAUAUUAGGCUCACGGAGACAGCACAGUAUUGGGUGAAAGACACCAUGGAGAUACGCUAUCUCAGUCUGGAGAGAUUGCAGCGAGACAGUCAAAUGAGGGCGCAGACCUCAACCACCUCCACGAGCAACACCAACAACACCACCAAUACUAGGGGGAAUCCGGUAGUCAUACCACAGCCAGCAACUUCGUCGACAGUCCCUGGAAGCUUAGCUCUAUACAAGGCGAUUGCAAAAGAUAGAGUUAGACAAGACUCGACGGGGAAGAUCUCUAUUGAAAGUCUAGUCAGCGGAAUUCCAUCAGACUUUCGGGGAGUAGGUGGAACUACACUUUACUUUACGCCUUCUCUACAGGUCGCGGAACACUAUCGAGGCUAUAUCAGAAGACGAUACGAAGCCUCAGCUCCACUCAUGUUAGCACUAUCGAUUCCGAACUCCUUUAUCGAAGCAAUUCCCCCCUAUAUUCUGCCCUUUGGAGACCUUUGGAAGGAAAUUGUGUAUACUAGUCGACGUGGGUUGUUGUUAAGGGGCGACUUAAAGCGAAUCCACCGGCUACCUUUAAUCAUCGCUCCUAUCGCUCAAUCCUAUAGUAGAACUAUUAGUAGUCUCGAUGACUAUCACCAGAUUUCUUCCCCUCGACAUGUUCUUCACGUCGAGGACUCCGAGGCAAUUCAAUAUGUCUUUCAAGGAGAUGAUAUGCUGUAUCGCUUAGAAGAAUAUGGCGAAGUGAAAGAUAUCUCUUGAUGCGAAGAACGAAGCCUAACAUUGUAAAGUGCGGCACACAGCCUAAACGGAUCGUCCCUCUCCCGUUCUUUCUUCGUUUACCUCAUGCAUACCUCAUGCAUACCCCACAACAUAAUCGCUGCUGCACAACUUUAUCCUACCUACCUAUCCUCCUCGCUUCUUCACCAUACCAUACCAUACCAUGCGAUUCGUUACCGAGGAUUGAUUGAUUGAUUGAUUGAUUGAUUGAGCGAUUCCCUUCCUUGCCGCUGAUGAGAGACGGACUCGACGGACGACUGUAUAUUUAGAGGGCGUGCCGUAGACGGGCAUUUGUUGGAGAGGUGAGCUAAGAAUAAGCUUUUUGUGGCUGGAGAGGGAUGCAAGGGAUGUUGGGUUAUUGAAGAAUGGAUGGAUGAAGGAAGGAAGGGAUUGUUGAAGAAUCGAUAUCAAUAUAUAGAAAAU